CUUAGCUAAACCGUCAAGGUCCUCUGCCCCUCCUUUCAUAUUUUUUUUUUGUGCCUGACACUGGCAUUUUUGAACCCUGCUUUCAGACUCUUAUUACCUUUUCUUGAUCGCAUUUGCAUUCUCCGCAACACCACAUACACUGCCCCGCAACAACCCCCACCAUGUCUACAAUCAGCAAACCGGCCCUCCCACCUGUGGUGAUGAACUCAGUCACUGAGCAGAUUGGCAACACGCCUAUGGUGCGCUUGAACCGGAUUCCUCAGAGUUUUGGUAUCGAAGCUACCAUCUACGCCAAACUCGAAUACUUCAACGCCGGCGGAAGUGUCAAGGACAGAAUUGCUUUGCGCAUGAUUGAGGAGGCCGAGCGCUCCGGCCGUAUAAAGCCAGGAGAUACGCUGAUUGAACCUACCAGCGGUAACACUGGUAUCGGUUUGGCUCUUGUCGCUGCAGUUAAGGGAUACAAGACAAUCAUUACCCUUCCCGAGAAGAUGUCAGCCGAGAAGGUAUCCGUACUUAAGGCCCUUAACGCCACUAUCAUUCGAACCCCGACUCAGGCCGCUUGGGAUUCGCCCGAGUCGCACAUUGGUGUCGCCCGUCGUUUGGAAAAGGAACUUCCCAAUGCACACAUUCUUGACCAGUAUGGAAACCGUGACAACCCGUUGGCUCACGAAUUUGGCACCGCCGAGGAAAUCUGGACACAGACAGAGGGCAAGAUCAAGGCUGUCGUUGCCGGUGCUGGAACUGGUGGUACCAUUACUGGCAUUGCGGCCGGUCUUAGAAAACACAACCCGAACAUUCAGAUUAUUGCUGCAGAUCCUCAAGGCUCGAUUCUUGCUCUGCCCGCCUCGUUGAAUGAGGAGCAUGCCAAUGAAUCCUACAAGGUCGAAGGCAUUGGCUACGAUUUCAUUCCUGAUGUGCUGGACCAGAAGAGUGUGGACCGCUGGUACAAAACUGAGGAUCGCGAGUCUUUUGCGCUUGCGCGGAGAUUGAUUGCUGAGGAGGGUCUCUUAGUCGGCGGUAGCAGUGGAACAGCCCUCGCAGCCACGAUCAAGGCUGUCAAAGACCUUGGAUUGAAGAAGGGCGACGUUGUUGUCACCAUCAUGCCCGAUAGCAUCCGAAGCUAUCUCACAAAGUUUGCCGACGACGACUGGCUCGCCGCCAAUGAUCUGCUGCCCGCUAUUAACGGCGAUGCUCAUGAGACUCAGGCCCCCGUGGCUAAGCCCCGCUCUUCUUCCAUCGAUUCCAAGGACCAGUUUCACGGUGCGACUGUUCGUACUCUUCGCCUCAAGCCUGUCACAACUGUCCUUUCGAACUCACCCUGUGCGGAUGCAAUCGAGGUGAUGCGCGACCGCGGCUUCGAUCAGCUACCUGUACUUACUCCCACUGGCGGCCGACUCGUCGGCCUCGUCACUCUCGGUAACUUGCUCAGCUACAUCAGCCGCGGCCGGGCGUCUCCCAAGAGCACCGUAUCUGAGGUCAUGUUCAACUUUGCCAAGCUGCCCGAGGUUACGACGGAUCCCCGCGACAUUGAGAGUCAAUUGGGCGCGAAGCCCAAGCACCACAAAUUCGUCGAGAUCACUGUCGAUACGCCUCUCAGUGCGCUCAGCCGUUUCUUCGAAUGGAACAGCGCGGCUGUCGUUACGGAGCGCGAUGAGAAGAGCGCUGCGGGUCUCAAACCUCUCGCCAUCGUUACCAAGGUCGACCUUCUCACCUGGUUGGUCAAGCAGGGGCGCAUCUCCGCGUAAAUAACAUCUGGGUCAAUAUGAUAUCCAUGGUAUAUGGGUGAUGCUUGGUUCCUUGGAAUUUUUACACUACAUAUUCACUACUCUGCUGAUCAGCCAGCCCUUUGUGGUGGAUGUUGAUUUGAUCAUGAUUCAUGCGUAACGCAUUCAACAUACGGUUGGGUGGUUGCAUUAUGGCGUUGUUUUCCUCGUUUGACUCUUCUUCUUUUCUAUUGUGAUACUGAAUUGUGGCUUCUGUUGAACAUGGCAUGUCGUUUUUACGGCGGUAGGAUUCGUUUUCGGUCGGUGCAAAUCAAUAAAGGGUAUAGAUAUCAAUAGAACAAGUCUCGAUUUUAUCGUAUUUGACUGUCCGUUACCUGAUUCAGUUGUAGAUUCUGGAUAAAUUAUGCCUACGAUGCAGUGUGGUAUUAUAGUAAUGCAAUAGUCCUACC